AAAAUGACUCCUGGACAGGUCAAAAAGAUCUCCGAAAAGCUUGGUGAAAUUCUAGGAGAUGCCGCCGAUGUAGGUGACCAGAGGCGCAACGAGAAGGGUGAGGUGCGGUUGCCUACCCUGCAGCUCGUAAAUGAGGAGGGGCUACCAAUCGUGGAUAUCGUCGAACCCGUAAGGGAGACAUCAACCACCUAUCCACCGCCGGCAGACUUAUUCGAUGAUCCUGAUCUUCUACCCCCUUGGGCCCUCUCAGACGCGGAAAAGGCUCGACGUCGUACCGAGCGCGAACGCAUCCUCGAUAUGCUCGAGGAAGAAGAAGAUAUCGAACGGGACCGCGAAGAGGCCGCAGAACGUGAGCGUCAUCGUGCGCAACUGGAGACGCGUAAAGAGGCGGCCAAGGCCGAGCUCGACGCGUUGCGGAAGGCAAAGGAGCUGCAAAAGAAGAUGGGCAAGGCACUUCUCAGAAACGUGAUUGAGACCAAGGAAAGGGAGGAAAAGGACGCCAUUGCAAGGCAGCGUGAGGAGGAGGCAGAGCGGGAGAGCAAGCGUAAUCUGAAACCGAAGAAGAGCGUCACAUUCGUGGACCCGCUUAUGGACGACGAGGCUGCUACGCCCACAACACCAAAAGCAGAGAUGGGCGAUGUAUCACUGGCGAGGCUCCAACGAAAAGGAAAGAGCACUCUGCUCAGCAAAACACAAAUGGACAAGCAGCCGAUGAAAAUGCAGGUUGUGGAGCGCCAUCCUAUCGGCCUCCGUGACCAUUUAUCCGCCCUGCAGCCCCAGGACCACGACUCCGACGAUGAGUCCGAGCCCGGCUCGCCUGUCCCCGCCGAUUCUGACGAAGGCGAGGUCAUCUACUCCGACGCCGAUGAUGGGGAGCCAGUACAUUGGGAAGAGGACGAAUUCGAUUUUGCCCGCCACCAGCGCGAGGUUGCGCUUGCGUACUACGAAAAGCGAGCUACGAUCGGCGCAACAGCUGCCAGUGCAAUGAGAGCACAUACGCACAAUGAAGGCGAGAACGAGUGGGAUCAACCGGCAACUCUCGCAUCGGCACCCCCGAAACCCGCCUCAUCGCGCUUCAAAGCGGCUCGUAGCACGAGCACACUCGCAUCUCAUUCUCUCGGUCCUGCAGUAUUGCCUUCCUCUCAGUCAUCUUCUCUCCGAAGCUCGCUGCGUAUGGGCAAGUUGGAGGAUGAUCACUUGGUCGGUGAGGAGAGUGACGACGAUGAAGCGGAAGCUCGGGCGAUUGUGGAACUACUAUCUAAAGGAGAAUUCACUAACAUAGGUCCCCAGUCCACUGCGUUCCCCGGACAUGCGACGAGCAGUAUACCUACAGCAUUGCCAGCGACAGAGUCUAGCGAAACGCCUGUGUCACAGCGAAAACCCUCGAAGGCAUCCAAAUUCAAAUUGUCUCUCGCCCAGCCUCAGGAACUGUCUAAGCCCGGCCAGCCCUCCUCCGCCCUGGACACGCCAGUGUCUACAAUGGAGCGAUCAUCGCCCAAACUCACCUCGCCAGGUCCAGGUACGCCUAUAGCCGUGCCAACUUCCUCUUCGCGGCAGCCUGGACGAGCUCCUAGUGCGAGUGCAUCUCUGGGUCUUACAGGCUCCCCGAGAACGCAGCCAGGCCAGGCACAGAUGCCCAGCAUGAUCGUAGAAUCGCCCUCCUUCCGUCCACCAGGCAGGGCGCCUCCUCGCGUCGUGACGUCGUCGCCGUUGACCAAACCUUCGCCGAUGGCCACCGAUUCGCCAUCAUAUAAGUCACCGCCAGAUUCUGCCAGCACAGUGGUGGCCCAGAAUGCUCAACGGACUGGUGCAGGAGGGCGAGAGAAGAAGGUUUCGCGGUUCCUCGCUGAGCGAAUGUAG